UUCUUCACUUACAGGACGUUCCACAGUCUCCACCCCAACGUCUUCCAGUCUUGUCACUCGCGCGGCUGCACUUCCGGGUCUGUGUAACCAUGGCCAGCGGCGUACCGGUCAGUGUGAGCGCUAUGCGGGAGACUAUGGAUGUGUUGCUUGAAAUUUCAAGACUCUUGAACACCGGUUUGGAUAUGGAGACUCUCUCAAUAUGUGUGAGACUUUGUGAGCAAGGAAUUAAUCCAGAGGCUUUGUCUUCUGUUAUAAAAGAGCUGCGUAGAGCAACAGAGACAUUAAAGGCAUCGGAAAACAUGGCAAGUUAAUUUUGUUGAAAGACAUUUCUUUGGUGGAUUAGUGGCAGCAGCAUAUGCAGAUGAAUAUCUAUUUAAAUCAGUCUCCGGAAAAUGUUUUUCCAGUGUAUUUACAACUACACAUAAAUGUUACAGUUUGUAUUCAAAGGUGAUAUUAUGUAACACACUUUUUUUUUUUGUUAACUUUUUGUGUGUUUUGGAUUUUUUUAAAUAUUUUUAUUGUGUACGUAAACUUUGAAUUAAGCAAUAUGUUGUAAGACAAGCAUUUCAUAUUUAUGGAUAAUGUAGGAUGAAUACAUUUCAAAGUAAAUGGGCAGAAUCAAUAAAAAAUUGCUGGGCGUUAUGGCAGGGAAUACCUCACUCGUGAUUGUUCACACCUCAAAUGGGCUGUGAGCAAUAAUGAGCGAGGUUAAUCUGCCCAGAUGACCCUCAUUAUAAUAGAGUGCAAAGUUCCACAAAACCUUGCCUUGAGUUUUGUAAUAUAUUUUAAUUGUUUGACAAACACAACCAUGGAAAACUGUGACUGCCUGUUUUAGUUCUUGUGUGCAGUUCAUGCAAUGCAUCUUAAAUAUUCUGAUAUUCAGACAUACCAGCAGUCACACAUUGAUAUUUUUAAAUAUAUUGCAAAAUAAUUCUGUGGUAUUUAUGAAAUACAAUAAUUUUCAUUUUAUGCUUUAGUUUCUAGAUGUUCUAUUUCAUCAUUCGUGGUCUGGUUUCUUUAGUUGUUAACCAUUUUUUUGCACAUUUUGUUGUCUAAGAUUUCAUGCAUCACAAAUAAAACAAACUCGUCUUCUUAAGGAAUAGUCUUGAUGCUAUUAUGCUCACAUUUCUUGUUUCUUUUAUUUUUUCCUGUUUUCUUCAUUAAACAGAUUGAAAAAGAACAA